AUGGCGGCGCGGCGGGUGCGGGUGUGCGCGCUCGGCCUCCCGGCGCUGCUGCUGCUGCUGCUGCUGCUGCUGCCGCGACGCGCGGCCGGCCACGGCGGGAAGUACUCGCGGGAGAAGAACGAGCCCGGGCCCGAGUUCCGCAUGGAGAAGCUGAACCAGCUGUGGGAGAAGGCCCGGCGGCUCUCCCUGUCCCCGGUGAAGCUGGCUGAGCUCCACUCAGAUCUCAAGAUCCAGGAGAGAGACGAACUCAGCUGGAAGAAGCUCAAGGUCGAGGGCUUGGACGAGGACGGGCAGAAGGAGGCACAGCUGGUGCACAGCCUCAACGUGAUCCUGGCCAGGUACGGGCUGGACGGCAGGCAGGACGCACAGGCGGUACGCAGCAAUGCCCUCGAGGACAGCACCCUGGACGAGGGGCUGGACGACCCCCGGCUGGAGAAGCUGUGGCAUAAGGCGAAGACCUCAGGGAAGUUCUCCCGGGAAGAGCUGGACCGGCUGUGGCGGGAAUUCCUGCACCACAAGGACAAAGUGCAGGAGUACAACCUGCUGCUGGGCACGCUGGGCCAGACAGAAGAGCUGCAGGACAACGUCAUUGGCGCGGCUGAGCCGAGUCCUGUGCCCAGCGAGAGCCGGCACCAGGAGCUGAAGAACCGGAUGCGCAGCAUCAACCAGGGCCUGGACCGGCUGCGGAGGGUCAGCCAGCAGGGCUAUGGUGCCGACGGCCAGGCCGAGUUCGAGGAACCCCGGGUGCUGGAGCUGUGGGACCUGGCCCAGUCGGCCAACCUCAGCCAGAAGGAGCUGGACUCGCUGCGGGAGGAGCUGAAACAUUUUGAGGUGAAGUUGGAAAAGCACAGCCAUUACCAGAAGCAGCUGGCGCUGUCGCAUGAGAAACUGCGGCACGUGGAGCGCCUGGGGGACCAGGAGCACCUGCGGCGCAACCAGGAGAAGCAUGCACAGCUGGAGGAGCGGACCAAGGAGCUGGGCUACAAGGUGAAGAAGCACCUUCAAGAUCUGUCCAGCAGGAUCUCGAGAGCUCGGCACAACGAACUGUGAGGGCGCUGGGUGGCCAGCAUGGAGGAGGAGGCCCGGCCAAGGAGGUGAGGGUGGCAGGCUGCUCUCAGCAGGAAGACUGACCCCAAUGCUGGACAAGGCAUGUUCCCCACCUACCGGAUGAGGCGUGUCCCCCACCUGUGGUGCGCCAUCGGUGGCAACGGGCCACGCCCUGCCACACUGUCCCCUGUGAGGACCUGGCUGGGCAGUGGGACCACGUGUCUGCCAGUCAUUGUCUGCCCUGAGAUGUACAGCACCUUCCAAAUACAUGUGGACCCUCAGUGCCUGGUCUCUGGGCUGCGAGCUCUGCGGGCACUGUGGACGAGGUGCGCCCGCUGGCCUGCCCACCUUGUCAUUCCCCUCAGGAACACUAGCAAUUGAGGAUUGGGGUGCAUGGAGAGCUUCCUGGAGGAGGUGGGGGGCUCAAGAAGCCCUGACCCUUGCCAUCUUGGACCCCACAUCUGCUGGACUGGCCAACCCUGAGACGGAGCCCGAUACGGCCUGCCCAGGAACUUGCUGUUUCGGAAAGGCUGGGCCGGCUCCAGUGGUGGUCUGUCGGAGCCCUGACCACAGGCAGGACGGCCUGGACAUGCAGCUGACUGUGACGGAGCGCCCAGCACCCGGCUCGUAGCAUCCCGUGGAUCCCACAGUGCAGCCUUCGCGCAGCGUCUGCUGGCUGGCGGCAUGCCCUCCGUGUCACCAAGACUGACUCACCCAUUGCUGGCAUGGGUGGGUGUCCUGGGGUCUGCGUGCCAAGGCGGUGCAGGCUGUCCCCACUCACCUUGGCUACCAGCCUGCUCUCUGACGCAGGCACCUGGCUUCCGUUCUGAC